UAUUUUACUUUUUUUAUAUAUUAUCUUGUAAUGUUAACUUCCGUCCUUUUAUUACAAAACCCGUGACGUGUUUGUGAAAAGGCUUAGCAGAGAAUGGUUUUCUUGAGCUGGGUUCGCCCCACUACCCAAGAUCAAAACACUUGCAUAAACAAGUCAGGUACUUUCAAUUAUGAUGAUAAAUAUAAAGGAGCUACUGCCAAAUCCUUGUCUUCACUUCAACAAGAUAAAGGGUUCUCCAGUGAUGGUUUUUUACUCAAUAAUGCUAGAGUUCUGAUGGGUACUGGUGUUGAUACUUUUGAAAAGGGCAAGACUGCUCUCCGAACUUGGAGGCAUUUUGGAAUGAAUUGGGCAUUUGUUGAUCCGAAAACACCAAUCCAACAAGGAGCCAAGUUUUGUAUUUGUGUCAGGGAGUUUCUUCCCUGGCUUAUGAUGCCACUUCAGGUUGUGUAUGUAAAUGAAACUAAAACUACCAAAAACCGCGGGGCCUCCUUUGGUUUUGGAAGUGGAACUCUUCAGGGUCACUUACUGGCAGGAGAAGAACGCUUUUCAAUUGAGAUUGAUGAGAACAAUCAAGUUUGGUAUGAAAUACUUUCUUUUUCAAAGCCUGCACAUGUUUUAUCAUUUGUUGGAUACCCAUAUGUGAUGCUUAGGCAAAAGUACUUUGCUCACGAAUCUGCCAAGGAAAACCGUUAUCAUGUUAUGCUCAAGCAGAGAAGAAAAUAGUCUUAUGUAUCAAUAAUUAAUUCUCAACUGACCAUGAAUCAAGACAGAAAGAAGCUAGAGUGUGUGCCAUCAUGCUGAUAGGAUUCAAUCCUCAAACUAAUAGGCCUCUUUAUUGAAAGAUUAGCUAGUAAUGUGUUCCUUACAUUGAAGAUGAUGGAACCUCUAGAAAAGCUCAGAAGACCAAACCUCAUCACAAAGACAAGGAGUUGGAAAAGGAAAUGGUAUAUUGAUAUUCACUAUUCUGAAUUGUCAUAUGGAGCAUCAUAUUGGCUGCAAAAUUAAAUAACCUCAAUUUGAACAUUUUUACAUUGAAAAUAAAUGAAAUAAAUAUUGAGAAGCAAAAACAAUUAUCUCUGAAACAAGGAUCUUUUACUUAAUUUAAAGUUUAAACAUGUGUUUUUAUCCUUUUUACGUGUCAAAUAAGUCAUUUUUCAAAUCAAAUUAGACUAAUUUAAAUAAGGGUGUUCGCGGACUGGUUUGAUUCGGUUUUGAGAGAAUCUGAUACCCAAAUCGAUUAAAAUUAAAUGGAUUGGUUUGGAUUGGAUUUACAAAUAUUUGCGAUAAAGUCCAAACCAAACUGAAUCGAGAAACAAUGGGUUGUUUGAGUUGGACUGAUC